GACGUAUCCCGAACAGGCUUAUUAUCGGUUAAAGAAAUAUGAUGUUUGCUAUAGCUUUAAGAAGUAAAUAAUGCUUAGUAUUUGUAAAAUUAUAUCAAUCAUACAACUUAAGGUUUCUUUUAAUAUAAAGAAGCGAAUAAAUGAAACACUCGCGGACAUUUGCUCUUCUUGACCGAGCUAACAAAACUUGGUCGCACCGGGGCCUUCGACGUUACGGUGGUCUUACAGUUUUUUAAUGUUUAUAACUGAAUAAUUACAAAGAUCUGUCGUAACACUUUAAAAGUAGCAACAUGGACUUGGAGGAAGACGAGGUUUCGAGUAAAGCGACUCGUCCUGAAACUGAAAUAACUGCAGACUUAAAGGAGGCCGCAAAACCAUCCCCGGACUGGACUGAACCGUCAAGCGGAAGAAGAGGAAGCAAAAGGCGGGCGAAAACCGCAGUGACCUCCCCAGACUACAGCGACUCUCGGUCUGGCGUUCGUGUUUUGCGAGCCAGGGGUGCUGGAGCUGGCAAGACUAUUGAGUCCAAGGAUGUCACCCGUAAGCAAAAACCUACAAGUUUGCACAGUGGUGGACGUGGGAGACCCGCGGGAUCACGCUCCAGGAGCACACCAGUCAUGCAACCCGCAAUAAAGAAACCCACAGUUAAAAAAGCAUCCAAACACACUCUUGGACCAAAGCUUUCCAAAUCUAGAAAAGGCAAAGUGAGACCUCCAACUCACGCCACCACACCAGCGACAGCAUGCAAGCCUGAAGCAGAGAUGGAGGUUUCAUCAUGUGGAGAGGAGACAGGCACUUUGAAAGGAAACAAUGCCAAUGGCCAGUGUGGUGUUGAUGUCUAUAUUAGCGUUACAGAUCCAGAUGCGGCUCUCGAAGAGGACACUCCAUUCAGGGAUGAUCCAAAUGAUGUCAUCUAUAAACCACAGACAAAGACGGAAAAAUCCAGGCGGCGUACAACGUUAAAACAAAAGGAGGUCAAGAAAGAGGAGCCAGAAAAGGAGGAGGAAGAAGAUGACAUUAAAAAAGAAGAAUCAACUGAGAUUGUUGUGCAGAGUGAAGACGGAAUGAGCAAUAGCAGAGAGCCAACCAGAAAGAAAGGUAGACAACUAAAAGAUGACAAAGUCCCUCGCCUGCCAAAACAAAGGAAAAAGCCCCCCGUGCAGUAUGUCCGCUGUGAAAUUGAAGGGUGUGGUACCGUCUUGGCGCACCCACGCUACCUACAGCACCACAUCAAAUACCAGCACUUGCUUAAAAAGAAGUAUGUGUGUGAUCACCCCUCGUGUGGGCGCUUAUUUCGUCUGCAGAAGCAGCUGUUGCGUCAUGCUAAACAUCAUACAGAUCAAAGAGACUACAUCUGUGAGUUUUGUGCUCGUGCCUUCAAGAGUUCCCAUAACUUGGCUGUGCACAGGAUGAUUCACACAGGAGAGAAGCCAAUACAGUGUGAGAUCUGUGGCUUCACCUGCCGUCAGAAGGCCUCCUUAAACUGGCACAUGAAGAAGCACGAUGCAGAAGCCUCCUACCAGUUCUCCUGCUCCAUUUGUAGCAAAAAGUUUGAGAAAAAGGACUCCGUUGUAGCCCACAAGGCCAAAAGUCACCCUGAGGUGCUCAUAGCUGAAGCCUUAGCAGCUAAUGAGGGCGCAGUAAUAAGCACUCCCAAUUUAAUUUCAGAGACUCGCUCCGUGCUCUCCAUGACCCUAGAUACUUCUUCAGUGCUCUCCCCGACCUCAAAGACUGUCCCAGUGCUCAAUCCGACCUCAGAGACUGUCCAAGUGCUCCAUCCAACCUCAGAGACUGUCCCAGUGCUCAACCUGACCUCAGAGACUGUGCCUGCACUCACCCCGACCUCAGAAACUGUCCCAGUGCUCAACCCGACCUCAGAAACUGUCCCAGUGCUCAACCAGCCUGACCAACUCUCUGUUGGCCCGGAGAACCAGGAAGUGAUGAAUAGUACGCUCACUCCACUGCAGCAGGUGGUGCUCCCGCUGGCUCCGCAGACUCAGAUAGACGUAUCUCAGAGCCAGUUCCUUCAGCUGCCCAUGCAUCGUGUGGUGCAGGUGGCCCACCAGCAGCAAGCCCCCACCUUGCUGCACCUCACCACCGCUUCUCCUGCUCACCUCUCUAGCAUCAGCCACCCCCAGCUCAUCCAGCUCUCCACCCUUCCUGCCAGCAAUGUCACAUCCAUGACCAUCGCGGACCCCCAGAGCACCCUCCUCACCCUGAGCUCCGUCACCACGCUGGCCUCCACCGCCUCCCUGGCUUCCCAGCAGGCUGUGCAGUGGGGCAGGGAGGCUCAUGAGGAUGCACAGCUACCAGGGGAGGGUGAGCUGUGGGACAGGGUGGUGGUGGGUGGCGUUAAUCAGGAUGUUGGGGAAAUGAUGUGGGAGGGUAACGGGGAGAGGAGGAAGGAAGACGGAUGGGAGAGAGAAGGAGAGAGACAGAUUCUGUUACAGUGUGCCGAGGUUCAGGGAGACAGUCUAAUCUAAUCAGAAGGCUCCAAAAUGAUCUAAACCAGAACUUUACGCAAACUUUUCAUUUUAGAAAAGGAACAAAAGACUGAAGGACCUGUCAAAAGUUUAUAAGCUUCUAAAAUAUUUAAAAACAAAACAACUUUAUCUCCACAAAGUGUAAGAUAGUAGUCAUAUUCAGUACAUAGCUACAGAGAGCAACUUAUAUCAGGGAGUAUCACUUAUAAUAUUAUAGAUUACGUACACUACUUUUACCACUCACUGAAUAUUUUGUAACUUUUUAGUGUUUGUAUAUAUGUGUGUGAUUGUACAUAUUGUACAUGAAAGUCACAAAUGACAUUUAAAUCCCUCGUGUCCAUAUGUGAACUGAUGAGCAUCAUUAGGUAGGUUUUCAUUACAGAUUUGUGAAAUAUGCAAAUUAUAUAGCUUUUUCAAAUCGGCUGAAAUAUCACUUCAUGCAAGUGUAAAAAAGUUUGGCGAUAAAUAGGAGUUUUUUUGAAAGUGACUUGUUUCUACUAGGUGCAUUUUAUAUCCGCAAUUUCAAUUUGCACAAUUUGAGGGUUAAUAGAAACCUGCUGAUUGACAAAAUUGGUCAACUAGUCUCAGUUACUUAAAAGUCCAGUGUGUAGGAAUUCAGGGGUUGUAUUAGCACCCUAACAGACAGAUGCCACUAAAUCCUACACUGCACCUUCAAACAUUACAGAACAAAUGAACUGUGAUCAAAAACUACAACCAAAUGAGUUCUCGGUAUAAAAGAAUCUUUGUUGUAAGAAUACAGUAAAGGACAUAUUAAAAAAGGGAUUGAAUUUUCAGCUUGGACCUUAAGAUAAAUCUAUUUAAUCAUUGCCAAAUGUGUAAGUAGUUUUUUGAAUCAUUUGAGAAACGUGAGAUCUUUCCUUUUCCUUUCCUCCACAGGGGUUACUAAUUAGACUCUUCACAGCUCUGUACAGUUCAAAUGUCCCAGUCAGUUAUAACCAUGACACGGUGAGAUAACAUGCUAUGCAACAUCUUCGAAAGCCUAUUACCUCAAUUUCUAAAGAGAAAAGCUGCCUUCCUCAUUUGAAUUUUUUCACUUUUCCAGAUCACCAGUAGUGUCACUUUCCUUGCAAAUUCUACUGAACCACAAUAUUUGAUUAGUUACACAUCCUUGCAUUAAUAUUUUCACAGUGAAGAUGACACAGGCAGCAGUAUUAUGUAUUUCUAAAGAAUCUUUGAUAAUUAUACCUCUGUACACUGCCAGUACUACUGAGCACAUGUAAUCUUACAAUCGUA